UCAGGGUAUGAUUUGACCAUAACCGCAUCUGUUAUUAGGGCGACUGGUCCAGACGCAAGCCCUCGACUAAAGGAAGUUUUUGGGAAUCUCGUUCAGCAUCUGCAUGAUUUAUGUAUGUCUCGAGCUGGCCAGAUGACAAAUAGUCAACGAGACGAAAUGCUCCUGUUCACGGACGCUCUUGGCUCGGAAUCAUAGAUUGAUGUUCUCGCAAACGACAACUCUACGGCGCCCAUGUCUUUGGGACCUUUCUGGCGUUCAAAUGCUCCGCAUCGCGACGAACGCGCACUCUUGCAAGGAAUUGUGACCGACUCCAGAACAGGAGAGCCUAUCGACAACGCCGAACUUGAUGUAUGGGAGGCUGCACCGAACGGUAAAUAUGAGCAGCAGGAUCCUAACCAGAAGGAUAUGAACCUACGUGGGCAAUUUAACACGAGCAAGGACGGAAGGUACUACUUCUACUGUCUCCGGCCAACUACAUAUGCCAUUCCAGACGGCGGACCAGCUGGUGAACUUCUAAAACUCCUUGGCCGCCAUCUAAUGAUACCCGCGCAUAUUCACUUUAUUGUCAGCGUGCCUGAUUAUAGACCUGUGGUUACGGAGCUCUUUGAUAGGCAGGACAAGCACGUACAUGAUGAUGCAGGAUUUGCAGUUAGGGAUAGCUUGAUUGUGGAUUUCUUGCCUCUUGUAGCUGAUGAAAAUGCCGUAUACGAGACUGAGUGCAACUUUAAAUUAACCAAACUUGAG